AUGAAUGAAAAAGAAAACGAAUAUGAUUCACUAUAUGAUGUAAUAUACGAUUAUGAUAUUAAUGAAGAAUUCUUAAAUGAUAAUAACAACCUUCAAUCUGCAAAAACUGUACAAGAGGACAUAAAAAAUAAGUUAAAUGUGAAAAGAGAAAACUUAGAAGAUGAGUUGUUAAAAAAUGUAUACAAAAAUGAUAGAUCAAAUGAUGAAAAACAACUCUUCUUAUCUUCACAAUCGUCAUUACAGAUAAACAACAAAAACAGCACAUAUGUAAGAAAAGACGAAACCGAGGGUCAUUUAUCUACCCAGAAUAAUAUCCUAGACGAUGUUAAAGAUAAUGAAGUAAGCACGGACAAUAUUAACCAUUUUGAAAAAAAAGAAAAUUUGGCACACUUAAAAAAUAAUAUAAAAUAUAACAAUAAUAGUAGUGUCACUUGUAUGCACAGUGAUGCUUGCACAUGUGAUAAUAAGAGAGGAAAUUUUGUUGAUAAAAGAACACGUGAAAAGGCAACAAUUAUGGACACAGAAAAAGAAGACAACGAAUCAUUAAUUUAUAGUGAACAAAUGGAUAAAGGAAAUACGCCAGAUAGUUUUAGUAGUAAUUGUAGUGGUAGUAUUUCAACUGUGACCACUGUACAUGUCGAGAGAACAACAACAAGUUGCGAAACUUGUAAUGAAGAAGAAAAAAAUCUUCAUCAAGACAAAGCAUCAUCCGAUUGCAAAAGUAAACAUAGUGCACAUGAUGUCACUGUAGGUAAAAAUUGCAACAACUUAGUGAAUCGUAAAAAGAGAUUAUCUAAAAGUAGUUCUAAGGAGGAAGAAUCCCCAAUUGAGGAUUUUCGAACAGUUAAUAAUGAUGCGAAGGAGAUUGGGCAUUACAGUACAAACGUUAUGAUAAAAGAUAGAGAAGUAAAGGAAAAGCACAAAAAAGUUAAAUUCAGAGAUGAUACAAAUGAAGAAAAUCCAGAUAGCAAAGUAGAGGCAGAAAAUGAACAAUACCCUAAUAAAGAAGAACAAAACAAGUUCGAAGAAGGAAGCACAAAAAGUAAAGACAUUGAAAAUACAGAACACAGUAAUAAUAGUAAUAAUAAUAGUAGUAAUAAUAGUAGUAGUAAUAGUUUAAGUAAUAAUAAUAAUGAUGGUAGCACUCGGGGAGAAAGAAACAAUGUGGAAGAGAAUUCUAAAAAAAACACAACAUCAGAAAAUGAUGGUAGAUGCACAUUUGAAUGCAACGUUUGUUUUGAUGAUGUAAGAGAUCCAGUUGUUACGAAAUGUGGUCAUCUGUUUUGCUGGCUUUGCAUUUCGGCAUGGAUUAAAAAAAACAAUGACUGCCCUGUGUGUAAAGCUGAAGUUUCUAAGGAAAAUGUAAUACCGUUAUAUGGAAGGGGUAAAAGCAGUAGUGAUCAUAAAUAUUCGAAUGCAGAAGAGCCUAGGCCAACUCCUAAAAGGAAAGAAAGUGUACGAAGAAAUAAUAACUAUUCUAGUAAUUUUGGGUUAAGGGCAUCAUUUGGUGUUUGUGUUAAUCCUUUUUCCUUUGGCAUGUCCUAUACCAACAUGUCAGAAGAACCGCAUUUUUAUGGAAACGGUGGUGACAACAGAACCCAAGCAGAAACAUACCAAGCAGAAGCUGCUUCAUCCUUUUUCUUUUUUUUGGGAUUUUUCCUGUCACUCUAUAUUUUGUUUUAUUCUUCAUAG